AUGUCCAAAUUGACAGCCACAUCGAUGAUCUCGUGCACAAUCACGCACACAAAAAAAACAUUGGAUAUCGAGCAUCCAGACUCUGUGCGUGCUGUUUCAAUAUCAAAUAAUGGAACAGUGACCAUGCCGACUGUUUUCUAUGUGGAGAGCUCGUGUGUCAUUACGGUAAAUGUUUUCCCAUUCGAUACUCAGAAAUGCAAUGUUCCCAUCAUGUCAUUUGUAUAUGGAGGAGAUGAUGUGGUGACAACGGGUGUGGUGGGGGACAAAGCGAUCAUGGUGUCACCGGGAAAUGGUGAAUGGGAAGUGACUAAUGUAACGACGUUGGACACCGGUUUUGAUACUAUGCAAGUGUUUUAUUUCGAAAUUCACCUCAAACGUGUUCCCAAUUUCUACAUCUACGUGAUCGCACUACCGUGUUUCAUCUUGACAUUGCUUUCAAUCAUCGGAAUGUUUUGGUCGCCGAAUGUUCGAAAAGAACAACUCACAAAGUUGAGUAUCGGUUUGACGAGUAUGGUGUCAAUGACUGUUUUGUUGGACAUGCUAGCUACAGCUAUUCCGAAGACGGCUGUUUUUCCUUUGUUGGGUGAG